AUGAAGCCUGGCAUCGCCGAGAUUCCAAUGUGUCCUGGCACUGAUAACAAGCUCAGCACGCUGUCGGAUUUGGACCAGCAGUACAAAACUCUUCGCAAGUUCUACGAAAACUGUGAGGUGGUCAUGGGAAAUCUGGAGAUCACCAUGUGUCCUGGCACUGAUAACAAGCUCAGCACGCUGUCGGAUUUGGACCAGCAGUACAAAACUCUUCGCAAGUUCUACGAAAACUGUGAGGUGGUCAUGGGAAAUCUGGAGAUCACCAGUAUUGAAAGAAACCGUAACCUGUCAUUCCUCAAGUCCAUCCGUGAGGUGACGGGUUACGUGUUGGUGGCUCUGAAUCAGUUUGACAAUCUUCCUCUGGAGAACCUGCGGAUCAUUCGUGGCGCUAAACUGUACGAAGGACGCUAUGCUCUGGCCAUCUUUCUCAACUACAGACGAGAUGGCUACUUCGGUCUUAGACAACUCGGCCUCAAGAACCUGACAGAAAUCCUGAAUGGAGGUGUGUAUGUGGAUCAGAAUAAGUUCCUGUGUCACGCUGACACCAUCCACUGGCAGGACAUCAUCAAGAACCCGCGUUCUGAACUUCUGGUUGUGCCCUCAAACAAUAGUGGCAACACAUGCAGAAGGUGUCAUCGCUCCUGUAACGGCCGCUGUUGGGGCCCCCAGGAGGAUCAGUGCCAAAGCUAUAACUUUGUGGUGGAUCACAGCUCUUGUGUCAGAGCCUGUCCGAGCAACAAGAUGGAAGUGGAGGAAAAUCACAUCAAGAUGUGCAUCCCGUGCACUGACAUCUGUCCGAAAAUGUGUGACGGUAUAGGCACCGGCAGUCUUCAAACAGCUCAAACUGUAGAUUCCAGCAACAUUGAGAUGUUUGUCAAUUGCACCAAGAUCAACGGCAACCUCAUCUUCCUCAUCACAGGCAUCAAAGGAGACAUGUAUCAUGGUAUCGGUGCUUUGGAUCCUGAGCGAUUAAAUGUGUUCCGGAACAUCAGAGAGAUCACAGGUUACUUGAACAUCCAGUCUUGGCCAGAGAACAUGACUGACCUUGGUGUCUUUUCCAACCUUGUCACCAUAGGAGGAAGAACACUUUAUAGUGGUAUUUCUCUGCUGAUCCUGAAGCAGCGCUGGAUCUCUUCGCUGAAGUUCCAGUCUUUGAGAGAGAUCAGCGCCGGUAACGUCUACAUGACCAACAACAGCCAGCUCUGCUUCUACAACACAGUGAACUGGACCAGUCUGUUCCGCACCAGCACCCAGAGAGCUCUGAUCAAGAACAACAGGGACCCCAGAGAGUGUGCUCAGUUAAGGAUGGUUUGUGAUCCGCUGUGUUCAGUGGCAGGAUGCUGGGGUCCCAGUCCGGAUCAGUGUCUCUCUUGUAAAUACUUCAGCCGAGGAAGGACAUGUGUGAAAGCUUGUAAUCUUUAUGAUGGAGAUGUUCGAGAGUUUGCCAAUGGAUCUGUAUGUGUGGAGUGUGACAGCCAGUGUGAAAAGGCCGAAGAUAAAUCUCUUACCUGUCAUGGCCCUGGUCCAGAUCACUGCUUGAAGUGCUUGCAUCUCAAAGACGGACCCAACUGUGUAGAGAAAUGCCCUGAUGGUCUGCAGGGAGCAAACAGCUUCAUCUUCAAAUAUGCUGAGACCAACAACGAGUGCCAUCCCUGCCACCCCAACUGCACCCAGGGGUGUACUGGACCCCGGAUCCAAGAUUGUAUCGGAAUGCUGGACAGGACUCCUCUGAUUGCAGCUGGGGUGAUUGGAGGGAUGUUUGUGGUUGUAAUCGUGGCCCUUGGAUUUGCUAUCUUUUUCCGACGGAAGAGCAUCAAGAAGAAAAGAGCCUUGCGCCGUUUCCUAGAAACAGAGUUGGUGGAACCUUUAACGCCAAGCGGCACGGCGCCCAACCAGGCACAGUUACGUAUACUGAAGGAGACGGAGCUCAAGAGGGUAAAGAUCUUGGGAACAGGAGCCUUUGGCACUGUUUACAAGGGAGUCUGGGUUCCAGAAGGGGAAACGGUGAAGAUUCCAGUGGCUAUAAAGAUACUCAAUGAAAGCACAGGACCUAAAGCCAAUGUGGAGUUUAUGGAUGAAGCACUGAUCAUGGCCAGCAUGGAGCAUCCUCAUCUGGUCCAUCUUUUGGGGGUCUGCUUGAGUCCCACUAUUCAGCUGGUAACUCAGCUCAUGCCCCACGGCUGCCUGCUGGACUAUGUACAUGAACACCAGGAGAACAUCGGCUCCCAGCUGCUGCUCAACUGGUGCGUGCAGAUUGCAAAGGGUAUGAUGUACCUAGAGGAGAGGCGGCUGGUGCACAGGGACCUCGCAGCCCGUAACGUCCUGGUAAAAUGUCCAAACCACAUCAAGAUCACUGAUUUUGGACUUGCUCGACUGCUGGAAACCAAUGAAAAAGAGUACAGUGCGGAUGGAGGCAAGAUGCCCAUCAAGUGGAUGGCUCUGGAGUGCAUUCAUUACAGGAAGUUCACACAUCAGAGUGAUGUAUGGAGUUAUGGGGUGACUAUCUGGGAGCUGAUGACAUUUGGAGGAAAGCCCUAUGAUGGGAUUCCCACACGUGAGAUUCCAGACAUCUUGGAGAAGGGCGAACGUUUGCCCCAGCCACCCAUCUGCACCAUAGACGUCUACAUGGUGAUGGUGAAAUGCUGGAUGAUUGAUGCUGAUAGUCGGCCUCGAUUCAAAGAACUCGCUGCAGAGUUCAGCCACAUGGCACGAGACCCUCAGAGAUACCUCGUCAUACAGGGCGAUGAUCGCAUGAAGCUGCCCAGCCCCAACCACAGUAAGUUCUUCCUGAGUCUUCUAGAUGAAGAGGAGUUGGAUGACCUGAUGGACGCUGAGGAGUACUUGGUUCCUCAUUCCUUAAAUGCUCCUCCCACUUCCCAUAUGCCCCACCCACAUGUAGAUUCAAAUCAAAACCAGUUUGGGUAUCAUGAUGGAAGUUUGUGCCCCGAAGAUGUAACAGGGUCCCGACCUCAUGAGGCAGGUGCUACAGGAAGUGGCCCCUUGGUCCUGGCAGGUAUGCAAAGAUCAGGUCUGGACCCAGUAGACGAGAAACACUGUAAUGGAAGCUUGUGGAAACAGCCCACAGCUCACUCAGUAGAGGACAGCAACGGCCAGCGUUACAGCGCAGACCCAACUGUCCCACUGGGAGAGAAAGGACAGAGGGAAGAUACAGAUGAGGAUGGUUAUAUGUCCCCUAUGAAGGACAAGAUCUCCACAAAUCAUCUGAAUCCCGUUGAGGAGAACCCUUUUGUAACAAGGCAUAAAAAUAAAGACCUUCAUGCUCUAGACAACCAGGGUUACCACAGCGCCCCUGAUGGAAAGCCCAAGUGUGAAGAUGAAUAUAUCAGUGACCCCCUUUACCUCAACACAUUCAACAACACCAGCGACAUGAACCAGGAGAUGUUAAGGAAAAAUGGAAUUUCUAUCCCAUUGCAGGUGACCACAGCGGCCUACACUCCAGACACCAACGUUCCCCACAUCACACAAAUGGGUAAACCCCAUCAUCACAGCCAUGGACCGCACGUUCACUUCGCCAUACCACCAGUUCAGCCUGUACACCCUGAUCAACAUACUCAUUCAGUUCAGUCGGUGCAUGAUCACGGCCCUCCAGCACCAGCAGGCCAGAUCUGCCUAGUGAGCCAUCAACCAGGGCACCCAAGCAAAUCUAAUCAUUCGCCCCAACAGUUUCACUUGGCAAAGUCCAGUAAAGGUGGCACAACGGGCCUACCGGGUCACCCAGUGCAAGUGGACAAGAUGUACAAGAAUAGCUUUGACAAUCCCGAGUAUUGGCAGCACAGCCUCCCACCCAAGGUUACCCCUCAAAACUCCCAAGACUCUUCAGUGAUCUGCAAUAACAAGUUCCUUUACAAGCAUAAUGGCCGCAUACAGCCUGCCGUGGCUGAAAACCCUGAAUAUCUGUCAGGUAUGAAGCCAGGAACAGUCCUGCCUCCUCCUCCAUACCGGCAGAGGAACACUGUGGUCUAGUGUCCAGGUCUCCAUUCUCUGCAGAUACUGGUUCUUCUACCAGCACCUUAAAUGUCUUUCCUUGAUCCUCUGGUGGUCAAAAAUGGGACGAGAAACAAUAUAAGCCACUGAACUGACAUUAUGUCACACAAAAUAUGGCAUAAAAAGCAUGGGGGAAAAAGUCAACACAGCCCAUCCAAACAUCAUCCAUUCCCAAAGACCUCAGCAGUCAUCCAGGAACUUUUUUUUUCUCCUCUACAGGUAUUUUAAAGUUUCUCAUACAGGA